CGCCGAACGCACACACACACACGCGCUCCGCUCCUCCGCCCCGACGCUAACCUCACACCGCUCGGCGAAACACUGCCCGCAGGAGCGCCGUGUCCGCGGACCAACAUGUGGGACCGAGUCGCUCUACUGCUGCUGACCGUGGUGGCCACGGCCCCGGCUGCCGAGGUGCCUACAGAUGUUUCCAUGGGUCUGUUGGCAGAGCCCCAGGUGGCCAUGUUUUGCGGUAAACUCAACAUGCACAUCAACGUGCAGAGCGGCAAGUGGGAGCCGGACCCCUCAGGCACCAAGAGCUGCAUCGGAACCAAGGAGGGCAUCCUGCAGUACUGCCAGGAGGUGUACCCGGAGCUCCAGAUUACCAAUGUGGUAGAGGCCAACCAGCCAAUCAGCAUCCAGAACUGGUGCAAGAAGGGACGCAAGCAGUGUCGCAGCCACAUGCACAUCGUCGUGCCCUACCGCUGCCUGGUGGGAGAAUUCGUGAGCGACGCCCUGCUCGUCCCAGACAAGUGCAAGUUCCUGCACCAGGAGCGCAUGGACCAGUGCGAGAGCCACUUGCACUGGCACACUGUCGCCAAGGAGUCCUGUGGAGACCGCACCAUGAAUCUCCAUGACUACGGGAUGCUGUUGCCCUGUGGCAUCGACCGUUUCCGAGGAGUCGAGUUUGUGUGCUGUCCCGCCGAGGCGGAGCGGGAAGCUGACAGCGCCGAGCAGGACGCUGAUGAUUCUGAUGUCUGGUGGGGCGGUGCAGAGACCGACUACUCUGACAACAGUAUGGUGCGGGAGCCAGAGCCAGUGGAGCAGCAAGAGGAAGCCAGGCCAUCUGUGGCGGUAGAGGAGGACAAGGAAGAGGAGGUGGCUGAGGAAGACGAGGAGGAGGAGGAGGAGGACGACCUUCUGGAAAAUGACCAGGACGGAGACGGGGAGGAGGAUGAGGAGGCCGUGGAGGAGGAGGAGGACGAAGAGGAGGAUGGUGAUGACGGCUUUGUCGACGCGCUCGACGACAACGAAGAUGCCGAUGAGCCUACCACCAACGUUGCCAUGACAACCACCACCACCACCACCACCGAGUCUGUGGAGGAAGUUGUCCGGGAUGUGUGCUGGGCCAACGCAGAGACUGGUCCAUGCCGGGCCAUGCUGCCACGCUGGUACUUUGACCGACAGGACGGCCGCUGUGCUCAGUUUAUCUACGGGGGCUGCGGAGGCAACAGGAAUAACUUUGACUCAGAGGAGUACUGCCUGUCUGUCUGCAGCAGCGUCAUGCCCACUGCCAUGCCCAGCUCCCCCGACGCCGUCGACCACUACCUGGAGACGCCCACAGACGAAAAUGAACAUGCCCACUUCCAGAAGGCCAAGGAGAGCCUGGAGGCCAAGCACCGAGAGAGAAUGUCCCAGGUGAUGAGAGAGUGGGAGGAGGCCGAGAGGGAGGCCAAGAAUCUCCCACGUGCCGACAAGAAGGCCGUCAUCCAGCGUUUCCAGGAGAAGGUGGAGGGCCUGGAGCAGGAGGCGGCCAGCGAGCGCCAGCAGCUGGUGGAGACCCACAUGGCCCGGGUGGAGGCUCUGCUCAACGACCGCCGCCGUCUGGCUCUGGAGAGCUACCUGACCGCCCUGCAGCAGGACCCACCCAGGCCUCGUCAUGUCUUCAGCCUGUUGAAGAAGUACGUGCGUGCCGAGCAGAAGGACAGGCAGCACACCCUCAAACACUUUGAACACGUCCGCAUGGUGGAUCCCAAGAAGGCAGCGCAGAUUAGGCCCCAGGUGCUGACCCACCUGCGUGUCAUCGAGGAGCGUAUGAACCAGUCUCUGGGACUUCUCUACAAGGUGCCCGGCGUGGCCGACGAUAUCCAGGACCAAGUCGAGCUCCUGCAGAGGGAGCAGGCGGAGAUGGCCCAGCAGCUGGCCAACCUGCAGACAGACGUGAGGGUAAGCUACGGCAACGACGCCCUGAUGCCCGACCAGGAGCUGGGAGACGGCCAGACUGACUUCCUGCCCCAGGAAGACACUCUGGGCCUGGGAGGCGUCGGCUUCAUUCACCCUGAGAGCUUCAACCAGCCCAACACUGAGAACCAGGUUGACUCAGUGGACUCUCGUCCUAAUCUUGAAAGAGGCAUCCCCACACGACCAGUGACUGGAAUGAAGAUGGAAGCGUUCCCUGAGAUGCGGAUGGAGACGGAGGACAGACAGAGCACUGAAUAUGAAGUUCACCACCAGAAACUGGUCUUCUUCGCAGAGGACGUGGGCUCCAACAAGGGCGCCAUCAUCGGCCUGAUGGUCGGCGGCGUGGUCAUAGCGACCGUGAUCGUCAUCACCCUGGUGAUGCUGAGGAAGAAGCAGUACACCUCCAUCCACCACGGAGUCAUCGAGGUGGAUGCGGCCGUCACCCCUGAGGAGCGCCACCUGUCCAAGAUGCAGCAGAACGGCUACGAGAACCCCACCUACAAGUUCUUCGAGCAGAUGCAGAAUUGAGGAGAACACACACACGCGCACACAUAAACACACACAUGCAUCUCCCCCUUCAUCACGCACCCUUCCUCCCCCUUCCUCCCCCAUCCUCCCCCCUCCCGACUCAUCCCGACGUGGCUUAGAUCAUAGAGUGACUGAAAUAGUCCGUUACGAGCGGCUGCAGUCAGGGGUUUGUUUCUCUGUCUGGGUGGAGGCUGCGGCCGAGCCAGUUUGCACCACGUUUGUUCACUUUACCGGAGCAAGUCGCCUUUUAAUUAAAGAAAAGUGGGGCGGGAAGGGAGGGGGGGGGGGGGGGUUAUACGUUUGCUCCGUCUGGGCCUGCUGAUGUAUAGAAGAGAGGCCCCCGCCCAGUGCAUCGAAACAAACCCACCCACAGGGGAAGGAAGCGGCUUCUCUCCACACUGAUUCAGGGCCAGUGUAUAGUUGGGGUUAAUUUUAUAUUUCUUAUUUUGUUUCUGGCUUGGGAAAGUUUAAGGUGUUGACUUGUGUAGAAAUCUGACCUCUGAUCAGUCGGACAUGAGGUGCACGCUGACCUGGGCCUUGUCUGCAGGACCCGUGCAGGAGACUCCCAUCCAAUCCUUCCACAUUGGUUUGUUCCUAUCGUAUUCUUUGUAUUGAUUAUAUAAAGAAAUGUCGAUUUGAACCAAGCAACGUGAUUUCUGUGGAUGAGGCCCCGUGGUUCCCCUCAAACUGCACCACUACUGCACUCACUCUACAGUCUACACUGGAGUAUAAGUGAACCUCCUCUCCCUCCCCUCCUCCCCUCCUCCCCUCCUCCUCCUUCAUCCCUCCCUCCAUCCUCUUUUUUUCUUUCUGUGCAUUCUUACGACAGCUGGGCUGUGUUAAGCCACACAAGGCUCUUAAAGGAUAUUCGGGGAUGCUGAUGUUACUAUGUUUUCUGAAUGAGCUGUUUUUAUUUUGUUUUUUUUUCUCUCUUUAUCUUUUCCGGUUUUGUUUUUCAAAAAAGAAUGGAGAAAAAACGUAGAAAAAAAAUAAACAAAAAAAAGAUCAGCCAAUGUAAAGUCCUUUUUUUAAAUUGCGUGUAAUGUUAACUGACGUAAUGCUCCAGUCUUAGCUGUUCCUAUGUAGUGCAUGACGACAGGAUUUGGAAAAACUGAAAAAAAACGAAGAUCUUAACGCUGCUCUCUCUCUCUUUCUCUUUCUCUCUCUCUCUCUCGCUCUCGAGAUCCUUUUCUCACAUAUAGAUUGUCAUUCUAGCAAGAUUGUACAUUUAGUAUCUUCUCGUGAUCACGUGACUUCAAAACAGUGAUGAAGAAUAUAUAUAAAUCUAGAUGAACAGGCUCUGCUUUGAUAUCAUGUAAAAUACACAUUUAAAAGAGAUCUGUGAUUUUGGAA